AUGGCAGGUAAAGAUUGGGAAAUAGUACAAGAAAAAGCAUUUACUGCAUGGGUAAAUUCAGUUUUAGAUAAAAGAGGUGAAAAGAUUUCAGAUGUCGGUAAAGACUUGAGUGAUGGUGUCAAAUUAAUCUUCUUUUUGGAACUCAUCAGUAGCAAAAAGUUUAAUAAAAAGUAUGAUUUUGAACCAAAAGCUCGUAUUAAUAUGAUUCAAAAUGUUGCACUUGCUCUUAAAUUCCUUGAUGAAGAAUUAAAGAUUAAAGUUCAAGGUAUUGGUUCAGAAGAUUUUGUUGAUAAUAAUAAAAAAAUGAUUUUAGGUUUUUUAUGGACAUUAUAUCGUAAAUAUCGUAUUGCUGUUAUUAGUGAAGGUGAUAAAUCAUCAGAAGAAGGUUUAUUAUUAUGGUGUAAGAAUACUACCACUGGUUAUGAUGGUGUCAAUAUUACAUCAUUCACCAAAUCAUUCCGUGAUGGUUUAGCAUUUUUAGCACUCUCACAUAAAUUUGAACCAGAAUCAUUCAAAUUCCAAGAGUUUGAAGCAAUGGACCCAAUUGCUCGUUUAAACGCUGCAUUUGAUUUCGCCGAAAAAGGAUUAGGUGUACCAAAACUCUUGGAAGCUGAAGAGGUUAUGCGUGGUACCACUGAUGAACGUUCACUCGUUCUCUACACAUCUUUAUUCUUCCAUGCCUAUAGAGCCAAGGAAGAGAAAGCUCGUUUAGAGAGUAGCAAAAAUGAAAUGGCAAAUCGUUUAGCCGGUUUAGAGAAUUCAUUGGAAUCUGAAAAGGUCUCACGUGAACAAUUAAUCAAACAAAAGGAUCAACUCAAUAGUUUAUUGGCAUCAUUAGAGUCCGAAGGUGCUGAACGUGAAAAGAGACUUCGUGAAUUGGAAGCCAAACUCGAUGAAACCUUAAAGAACUUGGAAUUAGAGAAAUUGGCUCGUAUGGAACUCGAAGCAAGAUUAGCCAAGACCGAAAAGGAUAGAGCUAUCUUGGAAUUGAAAUUAGCUGAAGCCAUCGAUGAAAAAUCAAAACUCGAACAACAAAUCGAAGCCACCAGAAUCAGAGGUGCUGCUGAAGCUCAAGGUCUUGGUCUCUUAAGAAAGAACCUCGACACUCACGUUCACGAUUUACUCAAAUGGCAAAAGUUAACAAUGGAAAACUCUUCCUCAUCCUCUAUCGAUGACCAAAUCAUCGUCGAAGUCUCUGGUCUUCCAUUUGGUGAACAAGUUAAACAUUUAGCCACAAAAUUAGAAGCAGAAAAUUUAGCAAUUAUGAAACUUUUAAAUCAAAAAGAAGAUGAUUUAAAAGCUCAAAAAUUAAAAUCAUCAAAAUCAAAAAAAUAA